AUGCGCGAGCGUCGCGAGAAUGAAGACAGGAAGCGAGAAGAGAAGAUGCAAAUGAAAGUACUGGAAGACAAGCAAGGUGGAGAGGAAGUAAUCGAUAAAAAGUUCAAGGCAUUGGAGUACCUCUUGAACCAAAGCAAGCUUUAUUCCACCAUUAUGUUGUCUCAGAUGCAACAGCAAGAAGAAACGGAGAUUGCAAACGACGAGAAGGGUCGCAAACGGGCGCAGAAGAGAGAAGAGAAAGCAGAGGAGAUUGCUGCAGCUGCUCAGAGGCGGUCAACGCGAACGGGCAGAAGCAAUCUGAAACAGGAAGACCCCGAGAGUCAAAUUGACAAUAAUGCGCAGUCGAAACUGAAUAAGACAAAGGAACGCGGGCGAUCUGGGAAAAAGGGUAAGCCUUAUGGAAAGAUAUCUGACUAUCUAAAAAGAGAAGACGUCGAGGCAAAAGCUGGCAAAAAAGAUAUUAAGGAAGCCCUUCAGCAGGCCGCUGAAUCAGAUGUAAAGACGAGCGAUAUAGGCAUACAGAACCUCAGGUCUGCCAGACAGCCCGCUUUGGUAUCCGGUGGUACCAUGAGGUCUUACCAAUUGGAAGGCCUAGAAUGGCUUAUAUCCCUUUACGAGAACGGGUUGAAUGGCAUUCUUGCUGAUGAGAUGGGCCUCGGGAAGACAAUACAAACCAUCUCAUUUCUAGCUUUUUUGAGAGAGAAACAUUCUUAUGGGCCAUUCUUAAUUGCGGCACCGCUGAGCACUACAAGCAACUGGGUCGAUGAGUUCAAUAAGUUCACUCCAGACAUUCCUGUGUUGCUAUAUCAUGGAUCAAAACAGGAGCGGGAAGAGCUAAGGAAGACCCGACUAAGUAGUCCAGGAGGGGAUAAAUUUCCAGUAGUGGUGACUAGCUAUGAAAUUUGCAUGAAUGAUCGCAAACACCUGGCGAACUUUGGUUGGAAAUUCAUCAUCAUAGACGAGGGACACCGUAUUAAGAAUCUUAAUUGUCGACUGAUUAGAGAACUCCAAUCUUACCAGUCUGCCAACAGACUACUGAUUACUGGAACGCCCCUGCAGAAUAACUUGACCGAGCUAUGGUCUCUCCUUCAUUUCCUGAUGCCCAACAUUUUCGACAAACUGGAGGCAUUCGAGAGCUGGUUUGAUUUCUCUGCACUCAAGGAACGUAAUGGCUACCAGGAAAUUCUAUCGGAGAAGCGCCAGCAGCAAUUAGUCUCCUCACUACAUGCGAUCUUGAAGCCGUUCUUGCUACGGCGCGUAAAGACUGAUGUCGAAAACAUGAUGCCUAGGAAACGGGAGUACGUCUUGUUUGCACCUCUCUCGCCCAUGCAGAGAGAACUAUACCAGGCCAUUCUUGAUGGUACUACACGCUCAUAUCUCGAAGAAAAGGCUCUUGAGUCCAUCAGUGGCACUGCAACUCCGCAGAGUGCUACGAGCACCGCAAGUCGAAAACGUAAAGCUCUUUGGGACAGUAGAGCUAAUACGCCAAGCAAGAGCGUCAAGUCAAGCCGUGAAGCUACGCCAGCCUCCACCAUGAGUGCACGCAGUCGUCGAAAAGCCGCACGCAAGAGCUAUGAAGAAGUCAGUGACCGGGCCUACUUCGCAUCUCUCGAAGACGAAGCCAACGAUACCCCGGCGUCUGAUCCCGAGGAGUCCCAGGACGAAGACGAACGGAUACAGGCAGAGAAUCUUCAGUUGGCAAAGCGACAGAUAGCAUUAAAAAAGCUGCAGAACCCGGUGAUGCAAUUACGGCUUUGCUGCAACAGCCCUUAUAAUUUCUUUAAUCCAUUUCUGGCGAGAGCUUCGGAUGAUGGAGACAUAGUCCCGGACGAAAGCUUAGUCACAUCUUCGGGCAAAAUGCACCUACUUGACAGCCUUCUAACAGCACUAUUUGACCGGGGACACAAGGUUUUGAUCUUUAGUCAGUUCAAGACCCAACUCGACCUCUUGGAAAUGUAUGCCACUGCCCUCCGAGGUUGGCCUGUCUGUCGGAUAGACGGUAGUAUACCACAGUCGGAACGGCAUGCACAAAUCAAGGCUUUCAACACUCCUGCGACUAAGGAUACAGAAGCUGACGAUAUUCGCAAUCUGUUCCUACUAAGCACUAGGGCUGGUGGACAAGGUAUAAACCUUGCUGCAGCAGACACAGUAAUACUUUUCGACAGCGAUUGGAAUCCGCAGCAAGAUCUCCAGGCCCAAGACCGAGCACAUCGCAUCGGACAGACGCGCAACGUGAUUGUGUACAGGUUUGCAACGAGGAACACAAUAGAAUCACAACUCCUCGAAUCAGCGAAUUCUAAGAGACGGCUGGAAAAGCUUGUCAUUCGCAAAGGUGGAUUGACGGGCGGCAAUAGCAAGUCCAGGGUGGAACGAGAACAGAAAGAGGAAUUUGAGGAGCUGCAGCGCCUGUUGAGGAGAGAAGACGGUCAAAGGUGGGACAUGGAUAAAGAAGGCAAGGAUCAGGGCAUCCUUGGAGGGAGGGAGCUGGAAAUCCUACUUGAUAGAAGCGAGGACGCGUAUGACCGAGCUGAGAAAGGCCUGGAUGUUGAGGGCGAGGUGUUCAAGACAGUGGAGAGCAAGGGCGAAGGAGCUUUACUAGAAGGGCUGAGGGCAUAG